CUUAGAAUAUAUUAAUCAAUACAUUGAUUAAUUAAUGUUAUUCACAAUUCACCAUUAUUAACCAUAGUUCAUCUAUUUUAAUAUAAAGACGUUUACUGUUAUCAUUCAUCUUACCUAUUGUGAUAUAUCGAGGUAUGGAGAUAUUAAAGACAAUAAAGAUCACUGGCAAUGAAAAAAGUGGACGAUACUAGUGUCAUACAAUCAACUACUUUCAAUAAAUCUGAUUUCCCAGCUGAAAAUGAUGUUAACUGUAAUCCUAAUCCAUCCUCGAGUUUAAAGAGAACCGCUUGUCAAGCUGGGUCUUCUGAAGAUAACGGUGAUCCAGAAUAUGCUCGGAAAGUAAUAGUUUUGGAACCUGAGGUAUCUAGUGUUCAACAGAAUAGUGAAAUAAAAUUGCCUGAAACAAAUCAGAACACUUUAUCUGAACCGACUGUCACAUCCACCUCUUCAAUCUUGAAUACAACAACCAAAGUUGUAGUAUCUAACACAAUCAGUUCAACUAACAAUAUCAAAUCAAUUGGAACAAACUUACAAAAUAAUUAUGGAUCUUCUCCCAGUGUUUCUGUACAUCAACCAAGGCAGCAACAACAAACGUCAGAAAAGACAUCGGCGAAUACUACACCUAGAACUAGUACACGUAGACUUCAUGUUUCGAAUAUUCCUUUCCGGUUUCGAGAAGCUGAUUUACGGUCUUUAUUAGGUCCUUUCGGUCCGAUAUUGGAUGUUGAAAUAAUUUUCAAUGAAAGAGGUUCUAAGGGUUUUGGGUUUGUUACAUUCAUGAAUGCAGCUGAUGCAGAGAAAGCACGCGAAAAUCUUAAUGGGCAUGUCGUAAUGGGUCGGAAAAUAGAGGUAAACCAUGCAACUACACGAGUUCUUACAAAGAAGCGUACUGAUAAUGCAAUCUCAGCUGGAGGAAAUAAAGCUUCUAACUUUAACAACCAAAAUAUUGGAUUGAAUAAUUACACUAGUACUUUGGCUUCCAGACCGCGGAUUACUGGGACAUCUGUAGGAACUAGUAAUAGUGUUGUUGCUGCAGCAAUUUCAGCUGCUGCUGCUGUAGCUGCAAUGUCAGGUUCAGGAAUUGUCAAUAAUCAUACUUUAAAUGGACUAUGUCAUUUACCAAGUUUGCAUUCUAGUAAUUUAUCAGGAAACAAUUUAAUUUUGAAUCAGAAUAAGUCAUCAUUAUCACCGUUAACAUCAUCUACAAUAUCUACAGUAACAUCGACAUCUAUUCCAUCGUUGUCGUCAUCAGUCUCAUCAUCAUCAUCUGCAGCUCUAGUUAAUCUUCUUAAAGCUCAACAUCAACAACAGAAUUUAGCGGCAGCUGCUACAGCGGUUGCUUUACAACAACACAAUCAACUGAAUGGUACUAACAGUCAAAAUACUCAAGCUUUACUUGCUGCUCUUAUGCUUCAAAAUCUCAAUACUCCCAAUCAACUUAUCAAACAAUCUUUAAGUAGCCUUUCGUUUCCAUUAGAGAAUGCCGUUUCUAAUCUCCCAAUUCAAACACAGCCACAACAAUCACAGACAACCAUGUUCAACAGUAGUAAUAGUAAUAAUAGUAACAAUAAUGUUAAUUAUGCUACUAAUAAUAUUGGUACCAACAGUCCUGGUCUAAAUCCGCUUACCUUACUCGGAAUAAAUAAUCCAAGCAUGAAUCAAUCAAAUAUUGGCUCUGAUCUAUUAUUAAGUCCUCAACAUAUUCGAUCAUAUCAAAUGCUGAAACAAACACUUGGGAAUGUAAACCCAAUUAUUCCAAAUAACCUUUCUCUUGCUACUGCUCCAUUCUUAGCUUCAAAUCUGAAUUUUCCCACGCCACAAAUUGCUUUACCGCUAAUAAAUCAUUCUAAUAAUGGACAAAAUUUAAAUCUUUUCACAUCAUCUUCAUCACCAUCAUCAUCAACACCAACAUCUAUUGGAUCAUCAAUUCAAUUGGGAACAAAUUUAGAUUUAAAUUCAAAUGAAACUAAAUUAUGGUUAGCUUCACUGAUUGGUAAUAAUAAUAGUUGUGUACAAUCAGAUUUAGGCAUAGCUAAUAAUAAUUUAACUAAUCAAAUUUAUCAAAUGUAUAAAUCUAAUGCAAAUUUAAAUGAUACUACUAAUACUACUACUAAUAAUAAUAAUAGUAAUACAUUAUUGAAAGUUAAUUGUUUGUCAAAGCCACAAUUGAAUAUCAAUGAAAAUAAAACCAAUUCAUCAAAUACAUUGACAGAUACUACAAAUACUGGUAUUUCACAAAUUCAUGAUAAUCGAAAUAAAAAUAACGAACAUACUUUAACACAAAGUCUUUCCAAUUCAAUUAACACUACAAAGAGUAGCGUUUCAAACUUAACGAAUGUUUUUUCAACACCUGGAAACACACUUACAGAUGCCAAUAAUCUAGUCAAUGUUGCUGUAUCCUCUUUGAAUCCAUUCAAUUUUGGAUUAACUCCAUUAACUGCGAUUCCUUAUAAUCCUAAUUCAUAUAUAAAUGGUACUGCUGCUAGUGUAUUGACUGAUUUGUUUAACAGUGUUCCAAUACAACAACAAACAUCAUCUCUGUCAAAUAAUUCCGCUUUAUCUGGAUUUGGUUCAACCAAUUGUUUUUGGCCAAUCAUUCCAUCGGUAUCCAAUCUUACUGUUCCUGCUCCUGGUUUAACUACGCCAUUGGUGAUUGGAAGUCAAAAUCUUUAUCGUAAUAGUGCUACUACCAUACCUCGUUUCUCUACUUACUGAUGUCCACGCAAAUCUUUCUCUCUCUCUCUCUCUCUCUCUCUCUCUCUAUAUAUAUAUAUAUAUAUAUAUAUAUAUAUAUAUAUAUAUAUAUGCGUGUGCAUUUAAACAUUCCGCCAUUGAAAGUUAAAUAUUUUCUUUCCUUAAUGAAUAAUUUUUUGGUGAACAAUUGAAAUUCUUGAUUUUGUUUUUCUUUCUCAUUAAACAUAUUGGGUAGAUAAUUUUAUUUUUUAAAUAUUUCCUCUUGUAUAUUUCAAGAUAAUAAUUAUCUCAUAUUUUAUCUUUCUAGUCAUUAGCCCAUGAUAAAAUAAUCAUUUAAUCAUGUUAUGUAAUUAAUUGAUUAAUUUAUUGAUUGUUUGUUUGUGAUAAAUUUCUAUUGAUUUCCUAUUU